AACUUCUAUGAGCUAUUUGAACCGCAAAGAAAACAUGGGGCGCAGAAUACAUGUUCAUCGUGUGCCCGCCGCAAUUGCCAUUAUUUUGUUGACGCUUAUUAUAGUGUACUUCGUCAACUUCAAUCAGGAUGAGCGGCCGGCGGUAUAUGGACUGCUACGUAAUCAAAAUAAAGUAAACCUACGUAAACUUCUUAUUGGCGCUAUACAGGCAGCUCAGCGUGGUGGCAUAGAAGUAUUGGAGGUUGCGCAGACAAGAGACUUAAAAGAGCGCAGUAAGGGGAAAACCGAUGAAGGAGCCAACGACCCUUUUACGGACGCGGAUGGGCGUUCCCAUUGUGUUAUGAAAGAGGGCCUGCAUCGCAUAUUUCCACGUAUUAAAAUUUUUUCUGAAGAGGAUAAAGAAAGCUGUAGCAAUGUAAAUACCUUCGAUCUAGAUCCGACAGUUUUACAUGAAACUGCAGACUUACCUAAUGUAUUGGUAGAUAUAGAUGAAGUCACUGUGUGGAUCGACCCGCUAGAUGCAACACAAGAGUUCACAGAAAAAUUAUAUCAAUACGUAACAACGAUGGUUUGUGUUGCGGUAAAGGGGAAACCUAUCAUCGGCGUAAUUCACAGUCCUUUUAUAGGACAGACAGCAUGGGCGUGGGUGGAUCAUUCAAUGUCGGAAUAUUUGGCUCUUAUACAUCCACUAAAUCCGGAUACCACCAAGCCACUUAUCACAGUUUCUCGCUCCCAUGCAGGCAGUGUUAAAGAACUAAUAAAAGAUGUUUUUGGUGAAAACUCUGAAAUUAUUACGGCUGCAGGCGCUGGCUACAAGGUGCUACAGGUGAUUUCCAACAAUGCCACGGCGUACUUGCACUCGACGAAAAUAAAAAAAUGGGAUAUAUGUGCGGGCGAUGCCAUUUUACGUGCACUUGGCGGUGCUAUGACCAAUCUAAAUGAUGAGUUUAUCAACUAUGGACCAGAAGGUUCGCCCGUCAAUGAACAAGGACUGUUAGCCACACUCAAAACUCACGAUGAAUAUAUCGACAAACUAAUGCAAUUUCGAAAAAACCACGUGGUGUCUGGUCAUAGAUAGUGUGGUUAACAUUCAAGUAAUAAUUUAAGAGUUAAGUAGAAUGCUCAGGCCAUUAAUUUUUAGUUAAAAAUUUUGCAUAAUUUAUGACUGUUGUAUUAGCGAACUAUACGUUCAUAUGUUAUAAACAACAAUCAAAAAUAAAAGACUCAAGAUCAAUUUUAUUAACAUUAAGCUUGA